GCAAUCCAGAGACCAGCAGGCACAGAGACACACAGGACAGAGAGAGCGCCAAGGUGUGAUGAGCCAGGACAGACAGAGAGACAGAGACAGAGACAGAGACACAGAGGAGAGUUUGAACUUCAGAGAACACAGCAGAGACAGAGAGAGGAAGAGAGAAACACACACACACUCACUGAGGGGUGUGUCAGAGCAAUUUAGUUCCUCAAGGAAGUACAACUCAACAUUAUCUUAAGACAGGGCGGCAGCAGUGACAGAGGCGCUGCAGGAGGGCUCUUUCUUCAGGUUCUGCUCGUGCUCGUGCUGAAGAUGAAGGGAUCUCAUUAAACCAAGCGUCCGGAGCUGUCAACCUGAGACACAGAGCAGAGGGACACACAGAGCAGGAGGGAGGGGGACUCAGCACACACACAGGCAACCAUGGACGUCUUCAGCUCCAAGGACAUGGCCAUGAAGGUGCAGAAGAAGAUCCUCAGCUCCAUGGCCAGCAAGAGCUCGGUCCAGAUGUUCAUCGACGACACCACCAGCGAGAUCCUGGACGAACUGUACCGCGUCUCCAAAGAGUACUCGGGUAAUAAAGGUGAAGCCCAGAAGGUGAUCAAAGACCUGGUCAAGAUCGCCGUCAAGAUCGGCGUGUUGUUCAGGAACAACCGUUUUAGCACAGAGGAGCUGGGAGUGGCCACGGAUUUUAAGAAGAAGCUGCACCAGGGGGCCAUGACAGCGAUCAGCUUCUAUGAGGUGGACUUCACCUUCGAUAAAGCUGUGAUGGCCGAACUUCUGACCAGCUGCAGGGAUCUGCUGCUGAAGCUGGUCAACACCCACCUCACCCCGAAAUCCCACGGCCGCAUCAACCACGUCUUCAACCAUUUCUCCGACCCGGAGCUCCUGACCAAACUGUACGACCCCAGCGGCCCCUUCAGACCCCACCUCACCAAGAUCUGCAAAGGACUGGACAAACUUAUGGAGGACGGGACAAUAUGAGGGACACGACGGCAGGUCGGACAGACGCUGGGAGAUCAACGGGCAGACUCACCACUGAUGGACAAACUUGGUCUCGCUGCUGCUGAGGGCUGGCAGCAGGAGACAAGUGAUCUGAGAACUAAACUGCUGCCCCAUCGUUCUCAAAGAACAUGUGGGAUCUAAAUAAAGUUUCUCGUUCCUCAAGUUUUUCACGUUUAGAGGUGAUAUAUAUAUUUACACACUGUACUACUGUGAUAUAUAUAAUAUAUAUAUAUACACACACACACACCUGCUCACAGAAAGCAAACUUGAAGAUAAACUGGUUUAUACUGUAUCAGCUGUUUCAUUAGAUCAUGAUGUCAUCCACUGUUAAAAUAAUAUCUGAGACCUUGAAAUGUUUCAUUCACAACUACUGAUGUUUUAUAUUGUGUUGACUUCAAACAGCUGGAGAGAACAAAUGUCACUGUAAUACAGCACUGCCCUCUGCUGGUCAACACGAGGCUUCAGAAACUCACUGUGCUCUUUUUAGUGAACCCACUGGACACAACACAGCCAACAAUAAAGCACAUAUGACCACAGAGGACGAUCACUGACACCCACACCAUCUCCUCACAGCCCGAGCUACAAAACAUGUUUAGAAGCAUCAACCAAGCGCUGCUGACGGCACGAAGCCUCAGUGUUAAUCCUGUAAUUCAUGUUUGUCUGAGCUCAGCUGAGGCCGAGAGGACGACACGUGUUCUCUGGUUUUACACGACAAAGACUGAAAAUCAACACACAGCAGACUCAUCCUUAUUCAACAGUCCAGUUUAGUGUUUAACUCAGGGCUCUCACACAUUGUCCUGGACGCAAUUCAAAGCUUUUCCAGGAUUUUCCAGGACCCAUGAUAACAUUUGUUUUUCUUGUCCCACUCGCCCAGCGUUUUUCAAACAGAUUCAGACUCCAUUCAAACAGUUUCAGCUCACUGACAAACAAUUGGAGGCAGAACACAGUGAGGAAAGGAAGAAACAUACGUGAUGACGUGUUAGUGCUACGUUACGUCGACAGCUACAGAAAAUUAAUUUACCAUUACAUUACAUGUAGGGUUAUACACAGAUGACUAACAAUUUUAUUACACACAAAAACUAUUUUUUUUACUGAUUCCAUGACUCUUUAAUUGUCUGGAAAACCUGGAAAAGUUCUGACUUUUCCAGGUUUUCCAGGACCGAUGGAACUCUCUUUACUGCUAAAAUAUUCCUUUCUUUGUGUGAGACAUGACAAAGAGAAAAGUCAGAUCAUCUACUGAGUUGUCUAUCAAGUUGUUUUAAAGUUUUACUCUGCAGGAUUUUCAUUAAAUAAUGGAAGACUAGUCGUGGCUGAGAGGAAGACACGUGUUGUUCUUUGGUUUUAUAUGAUAAAGAAACUCAAAGUCAACAGACUCAGCCUUUUAGACUACAACAGGCUAAUUUUGUCAUUCAGUGUUUAACUCUCACACAUUCUCCUGGACAAAAGUUCAGAAUCUUUCCAGGACUUUUCAAGGACCCAUAACAACUUUUUUUUCUUGCCCCACCUGCCCAGUGUUUUUACAGAUUCAAACUGCAUGCAAACAUAAUUUCAGCUCACUGCUGAACAUAACGUACAUGAUGGUAAACCAAACGUCACACUGACACAUUAGUGCUAUGUUACAUCGACAGCUACAGAAAAUUAAUUUGCCGUUAUGUUACAUUACAUGGAGGGUUAACCACGGGAGAUCUCUGUAACAAUCUUAUUACACACAAAAAUAUUUCAUGACUUUCACAAAACAUUCAGGGAUUUUUACUGAUUCCAGGACUCUUUCAUCGCCUGGAAAACCUGAUGCAGAAUUCUGUGACUUUUUCAGGUUUUUCACAACCAAAGGAUAAUAAGCAAUAAUGUGGAGAAACAUCAGCUCAACUAUGAAGUUAAAGGAAACUGUUUUUAAAAAUUCACUCUGCAGUAUUUUCAUUUCAUUAAAAACAAACCAGUGUAUAGACUCGUACAGAAAUAA